AUUGUCUGAGGCCCUGAUGAGGGGGUGUUCUUUACUUACUAGGGUUUUGUCGAUCCGCUAAACCCCUAAUUUCCUGCGGUCCAGUUUCCACCACAUCUAAUGGCAUUCGUCUAUAGCAUUCGACGCCUUCUUAGCGGAUCUUCCACUGCGUCCUCUAUUCUUCAUUCGCAGUACGCCUCGAUUCGUUUCAAUACAACUCUCACCUCCCCUAAGCUCUUCAUCAGCGGCCUUUCCAGACUUACAACGGAUGAAAAACUUAAAGAGGCAUUUUCUCCUUUUGGCCAGCUUCUUGAUGCAAAAGUCAUAGCUGAUAGAGCCACUGGAAGAUCAAAGGGGUUUGGGUUUGUUACAUAUGCAUCAAUUGAAGAAGCUGAGAAGGCUAGAGAAGGAAUGAAUGCUAAGUUUUUGGAUGGAUGGGUCAUAUUUGUUGACCCUGCCAAACCAAGGGAGCCUAGACCUCCACCUCAACCACUGCAAGAGCCUUCUGAUACGGGUUUCAGAACAAACAAGACGGUUGGUUGGUGUGGAUAAAUUUAUUCAUCUUGGUCGAUCUCAUUGGGAUGGAAGAAUUGUUCAAAGGCUAUAGGACACAAUUCAUUUAAGGGCAUUGGUGAGAAUGGAACACUGUUGGGAACUAAUGGGAAAAAAUAGAACCCAUUGACUUUUUAGAACCCAUUGACUUUUUCUAAUGUUAGUUCAUUAUUAUUUAUAUAUUUUUGCUAAGGUUUUGUUA